GAAGGCCCCUAGGAGUGUCUAAGCAUUUCUCAGAAGCCUGGAAUCGGCAAAGAGGACAAGAUGGUGUCGCUUGCUACCACAGUGCUUUGGGUUACAGCACUCAUUUUGCUUCCCCCUGUACUCCCAUCACCCGUCAACGUCAGUCACAUCUCCGGCAUCUCAGGACGACAUCAACACGUACUUCAGGACAUAAUAACCAACUACCAAUUAUAUCAAGAUCCCACGUGUGUCAUGGGGGGUAGGAGCGACGUGAUUGAACGUUGCUACAUACCUGUUGACGGGCAGAUGGUACCGGCUGAAAAUGACAUGGUUCGUUUCCCCAAACACUCCAGCUGCAGACUAAGAGAAGACAACCCCGACAUGCCAAGGUGCAUCACAUGUUUAAACAGUGCUUGGAAAACUACAGGUUGCCGUGAAGGCCUGCAGAGAGAGAAAAGAUUUUUUUUGGGGUUAUUAAUCGGAGCUGCAGCUUGUUACUUCUUCUGUCGUCGGAGGGAUGAAGGUAAUGGCGAGGAUGACUAUAGUCCCCCAAGAAUGACUUCAUGUGAACCCCCGGAGACCCCAAUCUUUGCUGACCGAGGACUGACCAGCACAACAGUGACGUGGACAAUGCCGUCGGCUGUUGAUGGAAAGGGCAAUUCAAUAACCCCUUCACUGACGCAAGGGCUGGUACCAGGCAGUACGUUUCUCCGUGGGUAUCACACAGUCUCCUAUAAAGCGACGGACAGUAAAGGCUUCUCCGACUACUGUAAUUUCUCAUUUGAAGUGAGAGUUCCCACGUGUUACAUGCACUGGGUUCGUCACGCCUCUCGUGUGUGUGACGGCGGAGAGAUCAUCCACGGCAAGAAAUGCCAGCUGGUCUGUGACGAUGGGUAUGACCUUGAGGGCGCUGCGGAGGUCACAUGUGAGCAAGACGGUUCGUGGAGCAGUGACCUUCCCACCUGUAAACCCAAAACGUGCGCCGAUCUCGCCGACUUCACCUGCACAGACAACUACGACUACGGCAGCAUCUGUUCCCUGUCCUGUGACAUCAGUGUCGGCUUCAGCGUCACCAACCCCAGCAUCACCAUCUGUUUGAAGACGGGGCAAUGGUUGCAUCCAGUGCCACAGUGUAUAGAUACCGCGGCUCCAGUCUUUGACGACUGUCCCACCGUGAGCAUCAUGUUGUUUGCGGAUCAGGGCACAUCUUUAACAGCUGGACUAUGGGGCGACAUCACAGCGACGGACAACGCCGGCAACGUCACUGUAACACAAGUCGAGGGGUUACCGCAAGGGUCGAUGUUUUCUGGGUCGUCAGUCAUCGCGUACAAGGCAACGGACCCUUCUGGAAACGAGGCAAUGUGCACAUUUAACGUCGUGGUCCAAACCCUCACCUGCAGUCCUCCAUCGCUCCCAGACAACAAGAUGUGGUUGAAGUGUACCAAUGACUAUAUGUAUGGAUCGGAGUGUGCUAUCGGGUGCAUGGGAGCCUUACUGAAUGGAUCCAACUUGAUGACCUGCGUGAAGGAGAACUCAGUUCCACCUAGUACCAAAUGGGAAUACAAUGGCAGCACACCCUUCUGUGAAGAAAGGCCAUGUCCCGACCUCGACCUGCCCGAGAAUGGUGCUCUUGCUUGUGACGCCAACUUAGCGAGUUCCUUCUGCAGCAUGCAUUGUAACGACAAAUACGACGUGCCCCACACAGUCCCGGAGCUGUACGUAUGUGGCUAUUCAACAGGGACCUGGCGGCCGGAGAGUACUGUCAAGGACUGUUCACUCGAAUAUCGUCCUGGUAGGGCGAAAAACCUGGCGGAGAUGUUGUACUACACGGGGGACUGCGGGGAUGAAGAUACAUUGCUCGAGAUCAAAGAAAACCACCUGAAGGCUAUGCAGAAUUCUUCUUCCUUUACUGACGUGUGUAGUGGGGCGCAGUGUUCUGUGGAGAACGUAGACGUCACGUGCGGGGAGCUGGGGAGGAAGAAACGCGAAACAGACAACAGACCUAGGGCGCACAAAGGCCUCGAUUUGUUUCGCAUUUCAACUCGAGAUCGUCCCCGCCCGCGUCAUUUUCAGAGAGACCCGGAAGCAUACAACGUGAUCACGCAGGACCGGGAGCGCCGAGCAACAAUAACCGCCGUUAUCGUCAAAUGGGACUUCCUCAUACCUUUCGAUUGCGGCGAGAUGUCAGACAAUGAUUGUAUAGAUCACCACCAGUCUAUUCUAGACACGCUGUCCGCCGUCGUAAACGACAUGGCAAACAACGGUGACUUCCAACCCACAAUAUCCGGAUAUGAGACCCGCGUCGAUGAAUCUUACUAUCCCGGGGGAAUAAACCUGGUGUGUGGGGAGGGCAUGUGGCCCAAGAUCCAAACUGCAUCUUGUGCUGUAUGCCCGACGGGAAUGAUGUACAAUGCCAUUCUAGAUGACUGCAGCACGUGUCCAGCGGGAUCCUAUCAGGAUGAAGAUAACAGCUUCGCGUGCAAGCCUUGUCCUGAAGGUUCAACGUCACUGAGCGAAGGGUCAAGGUCACUCGGUGAUUGUCUCGACAUCUGCACACCAGGACAUGUUUCUCUACACGGUGUGGAGCCCUGCGCCCCCUGUCGGUUAGGGGAGUUUCAUCCUGCAGGGAACGGAACUGAGUGCUUCACGUGCUCGCCGGGAACGACGACACAGACGACUGGGGCUACUGACCCACAACAGUGUCUGUCUUAUGAAUUGGCAGUUGAAGGACCUUGCAGUCUGACCACAGGGAAUCAACUCUCUGACGCAACCAAUGACUUCACCUUGACCCUGUGGAUCAAGAUUAAAUCUGUGGCCCAAAUGUCCAUCAAAGUUACAGAGGCAUCGGCUGGAGAUCAGCUGGACAUGAGCAUUGGAAACCUGAUUUCUGUGUCUGUUCACGGUACAGAGAUCAUGUCUGGCAUCACCAUGGAAACCGAAGCGUGGACAUUCCUAGCCUUGGCCUACACUGGGGACAGCAGUGCGUUGACGCUCUUUAGGGGAGACAAAGAGGUAUCCAUGACGACGAUGGUCACCUCCCCAGUGUUAGCGGCUGGGUCAACGAUGGAAGUGAACGUCGACGAAGUAGGAGGAGCUGCAGUCAGAAGCAUGAACCUGAUAAAACGGUCUCUUCUACCCAAUGAAAUAUCAGCAAUGGCGGCAACAUGUGACGUCACUAAAGACGUCGAUAUCGUCGUGUCCUUAGGAAAUAUGAGUUCUGCAACACCAGAGAAGGUCAAGGUCAUAGUUCCCAGUUCAUGCACAAUUUUAAACCCAUGUGAUCCGUCGCCGUGCAACGACCACUUGUGUGUGAAAAACGGCUCCAUCCAUUCCUGCGUGUGUCAGAACGGCUUCACCGGCGACGACUGCUCCGUGCCCCCCGACUUCUGUGUUGACAACCUAUGUGAAAACGGGGCGACGUGUGUAACGGGUGACAACAACUACACCUGCAUCUGUGCCCAGGGGUAUCGGGGGAGGCUGUGUGAGGCACACAUUGUGAACGGUGGGUAUUCCCAGUGGACUGAGUGGGGCACGUGUUCAGUGACGUGUGGAGUAGGGGAGACAACUCGGUCCAGAAUUUGUGACAGCCCUCCACCUGGUGUCGAUGGAGACAGCUGUGUUGGGGGAGACACCGAGUCUGCCGCUUGCAACACAGGGGAGUGUCAAGUCUGCAGUGUGAGCCAGCUACAACAAGGCAAGUACAACAGCCCGACUGGUCCAGAUUGUAACGGUACUGAGGCAGAGCUGAACUGUAGCCUUGUCUGCCUCCCUGGGUACUUCACAUCCACUGCCCAGGUCACUCUCUUCACCUGCAGGGAGGGGGUCUGGACACCGAGUGCCACCCUCACGUCUUGCACAGACGUAACGUCUCCUUCGACCUUGACCCUGGUUGCUGAGGUCAGUUAUACCAAGGAAGAUUGCCUCUCAGUAACAGAAGCCAGUGACCUGAAACAGCAGCUGGAACAGAACAUGAACUCACUGCCCUGUGGUGCUGACCCUGACUGCAAGUCCGCGGUCCAUGUCCCAGACUGCUCUUCUGUAAACCCCGAACCAUCUGCCAAAGUAGAUUUAACCUAUGACCUGCCCGUCGGUAAUCUUGACCUUGCUGGCUACAUGACGACUAAUACAGUUUCUGUACAACUUCAACGUGUCUUAAAUGCUAUAGAAAUACUGGAAACGACUGGUAGUGAACUUCAGAGCAGAAAUGACAUCUUUCAAGUGACAUCCACCAACAGCAUCGUCUACAAUAUAGGAUCGGAGGUCAAUGUCAAGGCCAUCACCGAAUGUCCUGCAGGGUCUAUCGCUGAAAGUGGCUUUUGUGGGUUCUGUUCCGCGGGCAUGUACUACGAACAGAGCAGCAGAACCUGCAGGUACUGUGACAAAGGGACAUACCAGGACCUCACCGGCCAGAUCAGCUGUCAGCCCUGCCCAGCGGGGAAGACCACGCCCUAUCUAGGCUCGACACUGAUGGAGGAUUGUAGUGUUACAGAAUCAAAUCCUCACACCACAGACACAAAGACCAAACAGAAAAGUGAAGAAGAAUUUGAACCGACUCUGGUGUUUACUGAAGAGACAACGACGGGGUCUGCCGGAAAAGUGGACACCAACCUUGGAGGCACCGCCUCGUCAAAGAAGGAGGAUCUCUCGGGCACGUCUAUAAUGAUGAUAGUGGGUUCUGUUGCUGCUUUCGGGGGACUUGCGAUCAUCCUCUUCUUUUCGGUUGUCAUCUACAAGAAACUCUCAGGAAAAUCCACCAAGGUAACCAACAUCAACAAACGCCACGUUAAUGGGAUAAAGGUCAACCAAAUGGGUCAACACUGGAAGCAAAGACCUACCCACCGCCCUCCGUACCCCCACCCUCCCGUGGAUUUCGAUGACCCAUAUCGUCCAACCAGUUCAUCUGGUAUAUACACAGAUGUAGAAGACGAGGUUUAUGAUCAGGGAGGGAUAUACUACACCCCUAUCGGAGCAGCAAGCUUUGCACCGUGGUCCUCCAACAUGACCCCCGUGUCGGAGCAGACUCGCCCCAAGGCCCAGCUUCCACGGUCAUAUUUCUAGCAGUUUUUGUCUCCUGUUAUUAACCUGUAUUGAACCUUCAUUCGCUAUAUAUGCAACUUUUGAUAUCUUGCAGUUUAUAGAUAGACAAUGACUUUCAGAAAGUGUUCAAAAGUUACAAAUAUUUGGGAUUACAUUUUCUUACACUCUACAUAUACUAGUACGUUUUGGGGUGGAGUCCAAUCCAGGAUUCGAACCCACACUCUCCUGUUUGUGUUAUCGCUUAGGAGCUUUACUCUGAGUGUGUGGGUUCCAACCCAGGAUGGGUCUCUCCCAACAAAAGUGCUAAAAGUUGUACUUACUAAGUAUAAUCCCAAAUAUACUAUUUGUUACUUUGAGGAUACUGCAAAAAACACGACUUUCCGCACGACUUGAAUAUUGUCGCCGUUUCAUUCGGUGUUGACAGCCCUCAGGGCAACCGUCCGCAGACCAUUCAGACUUUGUGAAACAAUUAUAAUGCAGCUCACCUCAUUGAUCAGUACUGGAAACUUCCCCUUCUAAACAAAAGAUUAAGGAUCAGAUAUUGGGAGUGAGUGAGGUUGGUUCAAUGCCGCUUUGAAUAGAAUUUAAGUCAUAUCGCGAUGUGUCAGUUUGGUAUGUGGGGAAAACCCGAAGUGGUGUUUGUCUCCGACGUAUGCCACUUUGGUGAACCCACGAGCACGGAUAUGGUGCUGACGAACGUAGAAACAGAAUCAGGUCGAUCUGGGCUUCGUAGACAAGAUCAUAGGUUUGGGUCUUACGCAAUGCACAGGGCAUUGCGGCGCUCUUGACGACUGCCCAUGUGGCCCCGAUCAUGUACAUAUUAAGCAAAUGUCAUAUAUACAUGUAUGAUCAUAACCACAAUUAGAUGCCUAUUCAUGGUUUUAUCCAAUUUAGAAUUGCGUUGAAUUUCAUGAUGUAACCACUGUGACAUUUAGAUGCCUAAUCAUAAUUAUAUACUGUUUAGAAUUAUGUUGAAUUUCAUGAUGUAACCACAAUUAGAUGCCUAAUCAUGAUUAUAUACUGUUUAGAAUUAUGUUGAGUUUCAUGAUCUAACCACAUUUAGAUGCCUAAUCAUAAUUAUAUACUGUUUAGAAUUAUGUUGAAUUUCAUGACUUAAACAUGUUUAGAUUAUGAACCUGUUCAUGCUUUCAACGUAUUUGGAAACAAAACAUGUUCAGAAUAUCUACAUUGAUGAUGGGAACGUAUGGUGGACCAGAACAAUGGGGUUUAACUAUAGCAACGUGGUUUUUUUUCUGAAAGGUAGUGUUCCAGCAUUGCGAGGGGUAGUUUUAGAAAUGGACGCCAGCCUUCUCAAUGCAUCUUAAGUGAUACUUGUAUAUCUCUGUCAUCUGUAAUGUCCUAUUAGUGUUACCGGUUUAUGUAUUCCAUCAUGUUAUUACCGAUUUUAUAUAACUGUAAAGUGUGUAUGACGGCACUGAUUGUAAUAUCAAUUAAGACGUCAUUGUCCAGCAAACUCAGCUUCGAAUAGCUCGCAAAAUGUUAGCCAUGGUCGUCACGCAAGUUAUCGUGACGUAAUUCAUGUAACAUUGACCUCUGUUGUGUUCUUGGUGUGAAUGAACUUUUGUUUGUUUUUAAUGGAGUUCAUUUAGGGAUAUUAUCAUGUUCUAUCCAUUAUAAUACAAAAACGACAGCGUUUGGUUUUUGGUGGUUUUUUUUGGGGGGGUGGAUUAUUAUUUGCAGAAGCAGUCAGUCUGUUCAAAUGACGUCCUUCAUCGGGCAAUUCAUUGCAGAAUUCCCGUUAGUCCCUAUGAUCCCCAGUGAGGUGGUCUAGCUUUGGUUGUUGGUGGCUUAUAGCCCGUGUUUCAAAUAGUUGUAAAUAUUCUUUUUUUAUGUUUAAAUAUGAGGUCUUUGAUAGGCAUUUAGGAGUGAUACACAUAAGGAAGAGAAUUUAUUGAUGUCAGCUUCUUAUUAUGAGGAACACAACGUUUCGCAGUCUAUACUUUUACGCCUUCAUCAGGUGGAAGGCAUAAGUACAUACUCCUUAUGACAUCCAUAAAUUUUCUUCCUUAUGCAAAAAUAUGUUUGUCAAAUUUGCUUUUAAAUGAACUUUGUAUUUAUGCUGUACUUGUACAUAUAUAAACCUUUCUCGUCGCUAUAUGGUUGGAAUGCUGCCGAUGAGACGUUAAAUGUUUCCUUACUCAUCAACGGCAGCAUUCUGACUUCUGCAAAUACAAAUGCCUCAGAAUAUAGCAUUACCCUUAUAUUAUAUCCGAUCUUAACAAUGAAGGCGACUUGUGCUGUAUCAUUUAUUGUAAACAUUUAAGGGAAUAUUCUCAAAAAUAUAAAUGCAUCCAUAACUGUCUUUGUGGAGAAAAUACUGACAUAUAAAUGUUUAAGUGUU